CCCGCGGAACAAUCCGCGUGUGUGUGUGUGUGUUCGUUUAUUGCGCGGUAACACUAUGCCUGGGAACUGGCCAUCGAUCCGCUCGAUCGAGGAAUCGUUUGCAACCCUCAUUCUACCAACCGGCGAUGUGAUCAACGAGCUGCGCCAUCUCAUCGAUCAGUGCGACAUCUAUCGCUACGAGCCGAUCCUGCUAACGCCCUACCUGGUUUCCUUCGCCGAUCUUUUCGGGCGCAAGAUCACCGAUGAUCAGCAGCUCAAUGACUUCUUCAAGCAGCUUAACGAGACGGCCCUCUCCGACGUCGAUUUUGCGCCGAAAAUGGCAUUCGUGCUGGCGUCGCAGCAGCUCGGUGCCCACACGCCGCACGAGACGAAGGUGCGCAACGCCAUGAUCGAGACGCUGCAGAAUAACUUCGUCACAUUCCAGCAGCAGCAGGAAGAGAAGGACACGCAACGGUUCUACAACUCGCUGACGCUGCUGGGCGAGUACUACAACCGGAAAAAGAUCGGCUACGGGCAGCGCAUCAAUAUACUGGGCCACGCGCUCCUGUCGAUGCUCACGUCCGAGUUGGAGGCCGAAACGAACAAGGCUUGCAAGCAACAGAAGCCCCAGCACUUCAUCGAUUCAGCCUUCGCCAAGCUGAUAGCAACCCAGAUGAGCCUGAACGGUGAGGUGAUGAAGGAGGACCACCCGAAAGAGAUCAAAGAACUCACGGUCAUGAUACGCCGGUGUUUGAUCACCGUGCCGAAUCUGGGCAAGUACACCAAGGCCUUCCUGCUGAUGGCGAUCGAUAUGUACCAUUCCAACCUGACGCAAGAUUUGUUGACCAGUCUGUACGACCAGUAUAUCGAUCACGAAGCAAGCGAAGAACCGGAACCCGCCGCCGAACCCGUUCCGGAACGGAAAAGUAAGAAAUCACGCUCGAAAGAUCGUAAGGAGCGGAAGGAUCGAAAGGCAGCGAAAGAGUCCCGAGAGUCCACCGACGCCGACGCCGACGGUAGCAGCCGGAGUGGACGCUCGGAACGAUCUGCCGCAGCGGCGGAAAGUGCCACCGAGGACCCGAGCCAGAAUCCGCUGUCUUCCGAUUUCGAUCUUGACAAAUACCUUGCCAAAUACUGUCCCGAGGUGUACGAAAAGAUUUCCUCGAAGGAUGCCGAGAGGAAAAGUAAAAAAUCGCGAUCGAAAGAAAGAAGCAAAGAGAAGAAAACAUCCACAACGUCUAGGUCAAAGAAAUCGGGCCACUCCAAGGAGGAACAGUCUACGGAUAAGGAGAACAAACGGCGCCCUUCGUCGAGGAACGAUGAUUCGUCUCCAACCCGCAACCGACAUCACCGGGCAAACGGUGAAGGGGAACCAGCGAACAGCCCGCCGCCACCAACAUCACCAGCGAGCAAGAAAGUGAGUUCGCCGCAAACAACGAGAACCGUUACUAUCAGCGAACGAUCGCCGACGAGGGAGGGCACCCGAACGGACAACAAGCUGGCCCAGCUGCCGAAGAUUACCAUCACGACGACGGUGGCACCCACUUCACCGGAGAAGCAGCCGACCGACAGCGGGCCAACGUCACCCCGGGGGGUUCUCGUUGCGUCAGCGAAACAACCCAAAAGCCCCACGCGUGAUCGCGGUUCGCGGGCUCGACGUACCAUUCUCGAUCAGCAGGAAGAGCUUCCGACGAAAGCGAAGGGUAGCAGCAGUCAGAAAUCCGAUUCCCGAAAGAUGGAUCGACACAGAAGGGCCAUCGAACCGGAGCCAUCGAGCGGCGGUGGCAAACAUGUACUGAAACAGCACGGAAACAGUACGAACACGACGGGCGCCUCGAAGCACAAGACGGGACGGGACACGGACACCAAGAAGGAUAGGGGCGGAUCGAGGCGGCAAUCGGACGUUUCAGCGAAGGCCCACGGCGGGGUAGUCGCCCCGCCACAGCCGCCGCCGCACGGUAGUGACGCUGGGCAGGAAGACAGUGGCGUGAACGUAGGGCAGGAACAUUGCGAUCCCGAGAGCACCGAGAAAGUGUCCUGGUACGAUUUGAUGAUGGAAGAUGAAUCGCCACAGAAGCCGCGCACGGAAUCGCACCAACCAGCGUGCGCGGUGACCAGUGGCGAGUGAGCCCGUUGUAAGAAAAACUCUAGAGACAGUGUUCCACUUUUCUCUACUCAUCGUGAGCUUGAAUCAGAGCGCAUAUAUUUGUUGCUAACCCAUCUGCCGUUUUUAAUAACCUUCCGAUACACGAUCUCAUCGUUUAGCGUGUGCAUCGUGUGUGUGUGCAUCAUCCGGUAGCUAGGCAACGAUCGAGCGCGUUGCCGGCGAGCGCAUGGUAGUAAGGACGAAGGGGAUGCCACGAAGCUGGCUCACAAAAGAAUAUUGUAUUGUAGUUACUUUUAAAUAAAACGGCGCAAAUGUUUCA